AUGGGACUGAAGACGAUGAACGUGAAGACACUGGCGAUGUCCGCGCUUGCAGCACUGCUUCUGCUCUCUGGUGCGUCUGCCAUGUUUGAAGAGAAGCAGAUUGAUCCCGAGGACUUGUGCCCGACUAGAUGCACUCGCGAGUAUAUCCCGAUCUGCGGCUCCGAUGGAGUCACCUACGCCAACAAGUGUCUAUUCAAGACUGUGCCCGAAGACCUGAAGGUGGACACGUACUCGGGUAGAUUCUUCUCACUGCUGCCCUUCGCCAUCAUGGGACUAUUACUGCACCAGGAGGAUCGACUGCGUGUUAACUUUACCGUAAGUCUGUUCAAUGUACCUUGUUCCGUCGCAAGCGUCGAUCUCGAAGACCGCAUGGGCCAGCGCUUCACCAACCUCACGCGCCACAUCCGCCACAUCCGCCUCGCUGCUGACCGCUCCUCCAAUGAAGUGCAGCGUUUGGAUGAGGUGGUGAUCGACAACCACGAGAAGGGUAUCCCCGUAUGGGGAGAUGUCCACCGAGACACCAAGGUCCAGUACUCGACACCUUUGACCACCAAGAACUUCGACGAUUUCAUGGCCAUAAUCGAACUCGUACUUGUGACUUUCUACGCUCCCUGGUGUCCAUUCUGCCACCAACUCCACCCUGAAUGGGAGUGCACGUCAGCCCAAUUGCAAGACCACCCAGAGUACAGUGAGAUGGUGCGUAUGACCUCAGUGGACUGCACAGACCCGGAGGCUCACGUCCACGCGUUAUAUCUGCAACGUACCGCGCAAGACCGAGCACCUAUUAUAGUUCCUGGACCUAUGUUUUCCCGUCAUCUGGAGCCUGAUGCCGAUUGGGCUGAAGAAAUGAACGUGAACAACGACCGCCUUGGUCUCCCGUGGCCGACUGUUGCAGUGGAGGGAUGCGAGAUAUCGGGAAGUAUCAGUGUCAAUCGUGUCCCCGGCGUCCUUGUGUUCACCGCGCGCUCCGACGACACGUCGUUUAAUGCACAAGCCAUCGAUGUCUCCCAUGUCGUAAACCACUUCUUCUUCAGUAAAGUGCGACGUACCGACAAUUUGUUCAAAGGAGGCAGCCACAUGCUCGCAGAGCCGUCGAACCGAUUCCCGCUGGAUACGAAGAUGUACAUGAUCGAGAGCGAAAACGUCACUGUGCAGCACUUCUUGAACGUUGUGGGCUUUGGCAACCAGGAUAACUCAUGGAAGACGCAGUUACAGCAGCGAUCUUAUGAGUUCUCAGCUACUACCACACAGUACGAGGACAAGACGCCGUAUGCGCUCUUCACGUUCGAUAUCUCGCCGUUGGUAGUGUAA